CACUUCCAAUCUCAACCGCAACCCUCUUCGCCAAGCGCGGGGAAUUGCUCUUUAGCCCUGUUGUUCGACCAGGUCUUGGUAACGGAGAGACUGCUCGGCGGUCAUGUCCGUAACCAGGGUGGUAACCGCUGCUUCUCUGGAAGGUGCCCAGUAUUACCCUUACGACACACGAUUGGAGACAUGGGAGGAUCCCACUCCUGGAUCGUCGACCUCAACAAAAACUCUGGAGGAAAUGACUGCUGACUGCAUUGCGGCCACCAGGCUUAGGAAUAGCCUCCGGCCCAAGAGUCCAACCCGUGCGGAUAUGUGGAGACGCAAGCAAGAUCGUGAACGCAAGACCUUGGUCUCCGGGCUCAACGCCUACGCCAAGCAAAACAAUAUGCAGCCAGAUGAGCUGGAGUUUGUGGAAGUGAAAGGGAGGGCUCAAAUUCUUGAAGGCUCAACAGAAUAUCUGCACUUUAACUUUUUGGUGAAACAAGUGGAUGGCACAACAAAGUUAUUUUUUGCUGAGAUAAAUGCCUACUGUAGGGGGGAGAAGGAUGUUUAUCUAUGCACCUCUUUGGUACAAAGUGACUGUGGUCCUUGUUUCGGGUGUAUCCGAGAUAGAGAUCUUAAGCACCCCACUAGUGGUGCCUAUUUGGCUGGUCGCAAGUAUCCACAUUACAUCCGCGAGGAGAUUGACAGUGAUGAUGAUGAUUAUAUGUAAAUUAUUGUGUCUUGAUCACUCCGAGUGUGUAGUCCAUUAGGAAGAUCUCUAUUGUUUGAGUUCCCUCUCGCAAAGGGGUGAUCUGUUCUAAUGCCUUCUUUUAGAACUGUGUAUGACUGAAGC